AUGACUCUGAAGAAGGUCUUCAACGAGUCCGAAGAGGUCGUCGUCUCGAAAAAAGCGGUUUGUUUACAAUUUGAAAUUUUACUUGACUUUUUUUUUUUUGUCGACACGGACAAGGUCCACCGAAAGCUGAAAUAGAAGUUUUAAGAUGAGUUGCUCCGAAAGAAAAACGUUGGCUUUCGUUGUUGAUGAAUGUCGUCUUGAAUCUGAAAGAAGUAAGAAAGUUGCAGUUGCGACUUUUCGUGCUCGAGUGCCUGGAGAAGGUCGGCUGCGGAGUCGAACAUGCCCAACAACUCGCCGACAUUCUCAUUUGCUCCGACUACAGGUGUCACAUCUUUCCCAAGUCUUACACUAUUACAUUGGUUUUUUGUUCUUUGUAGGGGUCACUACUCGCACGGACUCAAUAGACUCCACAUCUACGUGCAAGAUGUUCAAACCGGUUCCACUUCCGUUGAUGGUUUGUCUUUCUUUGACAGAGAUCAAUCAAAAGAAAAAAAAAACGGAGACUACAAUUUUGAGAACCUAUUGAGCCUUAGUGGAAAAGAGGGAAUUUCAGGAACGCCGAAAGUUCUGAAGGAGAAAGGAGCGACGGCGUGGGUCGACGGCAACAACCUUCUGGGACCAGUCGUCGGCAACUUCUGCAUGCGACUAGCCGUUCAGAAGGUUCCGCACAAGAUGAACCAGUUUUUGAUCCGUUGAGGGUUGAGGCAAAAGAGCAUGGCAUCGGAUGGGUCGUCGCCCGUAAUUCGAACCAUUUUGGCAUUGCUGGGUGGUACGCUGACUACGCCGUUAGGCAGGGACUCGUCGUGGGUUUCUUUCCAUUUUGAUAGCACAUGACCAGUUUAAUAUGAGAUUGAAGAAGCCGUCUUUAAAAUUGUGAAAAUUAAACUUUUGGAGCUAAUCUUAACUUGAUAUGCCGUCAUUUCAUUUUUGAGAUUUCUAAGUUCUAUCCGAAUCUUAAGCUUCCAGAAGAAGAUUCAUAACAAAAAAAAAUUAAAAUAGACCGUUAGGAAACGAAAAAAGUUCAACGAGCCUUAUUAUCUCAACCUCAGUUUAAUGCCCAUGUCAUAUGCACCAAAAUUGGCUUAAAUACUGAAAAUCUAGGAAAUCGUAGUUUGUAUUUCAAACUAUAGGGUAUGGCGUUCACAAACACAUCUCCAUGCGUCUUCCCUACGGGCUCUGCGGAGAAAAGCCUUGGCUCAAAUCCAGUUUGCGUGGCAGCUCCGGCCAAAGACGGAGACUCACUAUUUCUCGACAUGGCUUCCACCACAGUCGCUUACGGAAAGGUCCGUUUUUUAGAUUUAUUAACUCACUGAGAAUGAGGGUUCAGAUUGAAGUUGUGAACAAGAGAGGCGGCAAAAGGAUUCCGUCAGGUUGGGGAGCCGAUGCCAACGGAAUAGAAACACACGAUCCGAAGGUGGUUUUGAAUGGGGGCGGUCUGCAGCCUCUUGGUGGCUCGGAAGCGACAGGUAAAGAUGUCCGAAACUGCAAUUAGAAAGUGAGAAAUUAGGCGGGUACAAGGGAACCGGCCUGUGCAUGAUGGUCGAGAUGCUGUGCGGCAUUAUGGGAGGCGCCGCCUUUGGAAAAAACAUCCGACAGUGGCAGACGACUGACACUUCUGCGGACCUGGUUAGAUGAUUUUCUUGCUUUUUGGAGCUUCUUUGGAAGAUAACGUAGUUGGUGUGAGACUUGGAUAUAAAAACUGAUUAGUCUUUAAUCCCUCUACGAAUCACUAACUUAUAGGGUCAAUGUUUCGUGGCGAUCGACCCUGAAUGCUUCGCUCCUGGCUUCUCAAGCCGUCUGCAGUCCUUCAUCGACGAGACCCGUGAUCUGACUCCGGUACAGAGUUUACCAGCUUCUGAGUCAUCCAACUGCUUUCAGAUUGAUGUCUCGCGACCGGUCCAGGUUCCUGGAGAUCCGGAGCGUUCUCACAUGUUCCUUUGUGAUGAAAUGGACGGAAUCGUCUACAAAAAGAGUCAACUCGAACAUUUGGUGAGUCUUUCUUUUUCUCUCUCCGUACAGAAGGAGAAUUCAGGGAAAUCUGGCCUCUCGACUCGACGUCAAGAUGUUUCAACAGAAAACUCUUCAGUGCCCUCAAAAACUGAGAACAGCCGGAGAAGCGGCGAAAAAAGCUGACAUUAUGUAG